AUGGAUGAAUCAGACCCCAAGCUUAAGCUGCGAGAGCUGAUCAUCGGCACUUGGGUUUUUGUUGCUAAGAAGAAUCCAUCCGAGCUGAAAAGCAUAUAUUACCGUCAUCCGAUCAACCCGGAUGUCACUGCUCAGAUAAAGAACGCGUACGACAAGAUGAAGCAGGACGCCAGCGCAAAAGGAACUCUAGUAAUGAGGAAACACGGCGGUGAAGAUGGUGAAAAGGACGCGCUUGGCGAGAUGAGCACGUUGUCCGGCGUGUUGGUCCAGAGCGCGAACUAUAGAGAGCAAAAGUUCGAGUAUGCUAGUAUGCUCGAUGGCUUCCUGGGCUCUGCUGUCCACCUUGACACCAUGACCGAGCAGCUUGCGAACGAUGGCCAGUCCCUGCUUGCGCCGCCGAGAUAA